AUGCAAGGAGUCUGCGGUGCUCUCAACAGAUAUGAACCAGAUGACCAACCAACGCGUCUCGAAACAUUACUUGAGGCAGCGGCCCAGCCACCAACAUUUCGCUUUGCAAACCUUCGCUGGAAGCAGUGGCCCAGCCACCCAAAUUUGGGUUGCACGAAGCGCCAUUGGCUGCCGUGCAAGGUGCCGUUGGUGGUUCCGACAAGUACCAACCAGAAGACCACCCAUCGCGUCUCGAAACCUUCGCCGGAGGCAAGGACCCAGCCGCCAUUGGCUGAUACCAACCAGAAGAUCAAACAAUGCGUCGCCAAGUCUUCGCUGCAGGCAGUGGCCCAGUGUUGA